AUGUCGACCCAGGGCGGGAACCACCAGAGGAUAGACUGCCCGCCCAUCAAUCGGAGUCGGUACAAGGCCCUCAAGCGGCUGGGUUGGGGGCUCAGCUCCAGGCGGAGGUUCUUUUUCGCCCUCGAUCUCCGCCAGAUCGUUGACUUGCUGCCGACACUGAUGGGGUCCAUUGUCGAGGCUAUCCGCUUUCUCGGGCCUGAAAACUGUGCCGUGUCCAUCGUAGAAGGGUUCUCGACCGAUGGCACGUACGAAGUGUUGAAGUCGCUGCAGCGCGAGAUGGAUAACCUUGGCGUCUUCUACUACCUCCAAACCAGCGACAUAAACUCCCACUACGGCGACCGCAUCGGCAAGCUCGCCAAGCUACGCAAUCUUGCUCUCGAGCCUAUGAUGGCCGAUGCGGCCAAGUGGGACCACGACACCACCAUCCUCUUCAUCAACGACGUGGCGAUCUGCACCGAUGACAUCCUCGAGCUCCUGUACCAGAAACAGCUUCAGGGAGCGGACAUGACGUGCUCCAUGGACUACCAUCGACUGUACGGCCGCUCUAACCAACGCCUCGCCUUCUACGACGUAUGGGUCUCGCGGAGCAUGGACGGAAACAGCUUCUUCGAAGUCCCAGGCCAUGGCGACUGGCGCCACGCUUGGGACAUGCUCCCCAACGACGCCCACGCGCGCGCGCGGUUCGAGGACAGGAAGCCUUUCCAGGUGUUUGCAUGUUGGAACGGCGCAACCGCGAUCACGGCCGCACCUUUCCUGGACGGACAACUCGAGUUCCGCCGCGCGGCCAAGCACAGGGGUGAGUGUGGCGCCGGCGAGCCGACGCUUCUUUGCAAGGACAUGUGGAACAUGGGGUACAACAAAAUCUUGGUGGUGCCGAGCGUCAGCCUCGGUUAUAGUCUCCAGGAGGGAAGCCAUGUCAAGAGGGUGAAGGGAUACACAUCUAGCUGGACGGGCGUCGAACAGAACAGCCAACUUGCUCUCAAGGUCCAGUGGAAUCCAAGCCCUCCUGAGAUGGUGAAGUGUAUACCGAGUUGGCGGAAUCAGUUUUGGAAGCAAUGGAAUCACGGCUUGGGAGUGCCACCUGACAUGCGUAGGAACGGCCAGUGA